AAGGUCAUUUAUCAUUUUCUUUUUGGAUUUUCCUUUGAAAAGCUCGUUCUCGUUCUCAAGUCUCAACCCAGAAGAGAAGUGUGCGCGCUACCGUUUCUCAACUUAACUCAACUCAACUCAACUCACAUCCGAGGCUUUCUCAUUCAUUCUCUGUCGUAGUUCUGCGAUUCACCACUCAGUUAUUUUUAUCGUGUGCUCGAAGUGAAGUCUCUGAAAUUUGUGCUUUCUCUGUGUUCUUCGAUUUUGGAUUUGGCUUCUGUCGAAUUGAAUUAGGGUUUGUAUGGCGAGAAGAAGCAGCAGCGAGUCUGAGGAUGACGCGAGGAAGCGCAGUGGCAGCGAAUCUGAGGAUGAGGAGAGGUAUAGGUAUCGGCGGCGCGGUGCUGAGAAUGGUAAGAAGAGUUCCGGUCACCGUGAUGACGGUCAUUCGGGGGAAGAACGAAGCGGAGCCAAGAGGGAUGGUGGAAUGCGAGGUGAUAGGAAGAGUACGAGUAGGGACAGAAAGGAGGAGUCUGAGAGCUCUGAGGAGGAGGGUCAGAUUGUGAACAAAGAAGGGGUUAGGGAAGAGAAGGGAGAGGAUGAGAGAUUGCGGCGUGGAGGGAGAGAAGAUGAAGGAGAUGGCUGGGGUGGUAGGGAUUCUCGUCCAGGGAAUGACCAGGGUGAAAGGCGGGGGAAGAAGGAGAGUCACAGAUUGCAUCAUGGCGAUAGAUGGCGUGGAGGUGAGGAGGACAGAUGGAGAUUUAAGGAUUGCCACCCACAUAGUGAUUCGAAGGAGGAGGAUCACAGGGAGCUGGCCAGGAAAUCAGAAAGGGAUAGAGAUAGAGAUAGGAAGCGGAAAGUUGAAAGGGGUGGAGACAAUGAGAGGGAUCGCCAUGCAUGUCAUGAUUCGGAUGAAGAAGAUGAUAGGGAGUUUGCUAGGAAAUCAGAGAGGGGUAGGGAUAGGGAUAGGAGGCGUAGAGUUGAAAAGGAUGGUGACAAUGAGAGGAACCACAGGGAGAAGGAUGUGAGCAGGCGGCAAGAAGAAAAUGGGAAGAAAAAUGACAGAAAUGGAAGAAUGGUUGAAGAUGCAAAUCCUCGACGGGGAACAAUACCAGGAGGUAACUUGAAUGGUGAUGUAUCUAAUUUGGGCAAGAGUGGAGGUGUUUACAUUCCCCCCUUUAAGAUGGCAAUGAUGAUGAAAGAAGUUCAGGAUAAAAGUAGUGUAGAAUAUCAAAGGUUAACGUGGGAUGCUCUGAGAAAGAGCAUUAAUGGGCUUGUAAAUAAGGUUAAUGCUACUAAUAUAAAAAAUAUUAUUCCGGAAUUGUUUGCGGAAAACCUGAUCAGGGGAAGGGGACUCUUUUGUCGGUCGUGUAUGAAGUCUCAGAUGGCAUCUCCGGGAUUUACGGAUGUUUUUGCUGCCUUGGUUGCUGUUGUUAAUACCAAGUUUCCUGAGGUGGGGGAUCUUUUGCUAAGAAGGAUUGUUUUGCAGCUUAAGAGAGCUUAUAAGCGAAAUGACAAGCCUCAAUUACUAGCAGCUGUCAAAUUUAUAGCACAUCUGGUGAAUCAGCAAGCAGCUCAUGAGAUCAUUGCUCUAGAGUUACUCACAGUUUUACUCGAGAAACCUACUGAUGACAGUGUGGAAGUAGCUGUUGGUUUUGUCACAGAAUGUGGUUCAAUACUGCAGGAUCUCUCACCUAAAGGCCUUCAUGGUAUCUUUGAGCGUUUUCGUGGAAUUCUUCAUGAAGGAGAAAUUGACAAACGUGUUCAGUUUCUGAUAGAAGGCUUAUUUGCAAUAAGAAAAGCGAAAUUUCAGGGCUAUCCAGCUGUUCGUCCUGAACUGGAUCUUGUGGAGCAGGAAGAUCAGAUAACUCAUGAAGUCUCCUUGGAUGAGGAGAUAGAUCCAGAGAUUUCCCUUGAUAUAUUCAAGCCAGACCCCAAUUUCUUGGAGAAUGAGAAGCGUUAUGAAGAGUUGAAGAAAUCAAUGCUGGGUGAGGAGUCUGAGGAUGAUGAGGAAGGCUUGGAUGCUGAGUCAGAUGAUGACGAUGAAGAUGAUGACUCUGAUGAAGAGGAUGAAGAAGAGAUGCAAAUAAAAGAUGAAACAGAGACAAAUCUUGUUAAUCUUCGAAGGACAAUAUACUUAACAAUUAUGUCUAGUGUUGAUUUUGAGGAAGCUGGUCAUAAGCUUCUGAAAAUUAAGCUAGAGCCGGGUCAAGAGAUGGAAUUGUGCAUUAUGCUUUUGGAAUGUUGCAGCCAAGAGAGAACUUAUCUUCGAUAUUAUGGUCUUCUGGGGCAGCGUUUCUGCAUGAUCAACAAAGUACACCAAGAAAAUUUUGAAAAGUGUUUUGUGCAGCAGUACUCAAUGAUUCACCGACUUGAAACAAAUAAACUGCGAAAUGUGGCAAAGUUUUUUGCUCAUUUACUUGGCACAGAUGCUCUACCUUGGCAUGUUUUAUCUUAUAUACGCUUGACUGAAGAGGACACAACUUCUUCUUCACGUAUAUUUAUUAAGAUUCUCUUCCAGGAAUUAUCAGAACAUCUUGGAAUCCGACUGCUAAAUGAGCGAUUAAAUGAUCUAACAAUGCAAGAAUCUUUUGAAUCCAUAUUUCCAAAAGAUAAUCCAAAAAACACACGGUUCUGCAUUAACUUCUUUACAUCUAUUGGUCUUGGUGGUCUUACCGAGAACCUACGUGAGUAUUUGAAGAAUAUGCCACGUCUUAUCAUGCAACAACAGAAACAAGUUUCAGAAUCUGAAUCAGAUGAUGAGUCAGGGAGUUCUGAUUCAUCAGAUUCUGGAUCAGCUAGUUCAGACUCAGACUCAGACUCAGCAAGUUCUGAUGAAACUGACCGUGCGAGUGACAGAAGACAAAGAAAGCGGAGGAGAAAGUGAAGCAAUUGUAUGCUAUUGUCGAAGGCCCUUGCAUCCACAAAACUGAGUAUCCAUGGUUUCUCAAUCUUUAAAUCACUGAAUAAACUUGCCUUUUUAUGUGCUGUGAAAGGGAUAUGUGGGCUUCCUCGGUAAGUGAAAACUGUGGCAUGUGCUGUGCUGUUUAAGCAAAUUUGACAUGGUUCACAUUGUUCCAUGAUCACCCCUUCAUCAUCGUUAGAUCUGGAAAGAUCCAAUGGCCACAUUUAUGCUUAGAACCACACUGAACAUGGCAGUGGGAACAACAACUGAAGAGAGAUAGGAGUGUGAAGUUGGUGAAGGUUUUUGAUAAGAUGAAACGAAGUGGUGGAAUGGUAACUGGGUUGCGUGAAAGGAACAAACUUGUUAAGAGUUAGACAUGGUUCUGAAAGUGGGGUCAGUGUUUCUGGCUUUGUUUUAACACUUACUUCAUAGGACUUUCGAUGAAGACUUUUUUUUCUUUUUCUUUUUUGGGUCUGGGACUUUUGUUCUUUCACCGUGUGUGAUUGAAUUCAUCAAAGUUUGAGUUUGUAUGCUUGCAAUGGAAAUGAGUCAUUAUUGUCAAGAGUUUAUGUUUCCUUCACGACAGAGAAUUAUUUUUACCGCUAUCAUUAGGAUUGCAAUGAUUAUGUUUUUAUAUGAAACUGAUUUUGAAUGUAAUAUGCCUGUUAAUACAGACAACUCGGAAAUUUGUAGUGUUUGCGACUACAAAGCUCUACCAUUUGUUUUUAA